CUGUGAUAAAAGCAGGACGCGGGUAAUAAUAAACUUGGCAAGAUAUUAUAAUCGUACAGUUGACUGAGUGAUAGCAUAUUUACUGGACACAACAUCAAUAUUAAUAAUACAACAAUGCUGCCGUAUCUACUACUGAUAGUAAUAUCAUCAGUCACAUCAGAGCUUUGUCCCUACGUGUACGACAACCAGUCCUACACGAGGACAUCAAUACUGACUAUAAAAGGCCUACCAACCAACUUAGUUGUCAAUCCACACACCAACGACCUCCUUUUCACAUUAAUUGAUCUCGAAUCAUUACAAAAUGACGAAGUCCAAACUAAAAUGGACCAAUACAUACUGAGGAAUGGAGAGCCAAUCAAAAUUGACAAUGUAAACGGUCAGGAUGCGGCUGUAGAUAUCAACUACAACAAAGUAUAUAUAGCCAGUGACGAUGGCUUAAAUGUCCUCAAUAAAACUAAUAAAGCGAACUUUGUUAGUUUAAAAGAUGAAGAUAUAGUUCAAAUAUAUAAACCCCGCAAUAAGGAUGAGAUUUAUGCAGUUAUAUAUCCUGAAAAUGAAGUAUAUAUUAUAAAUCUCAAGAGGAAUGAAAAGAAGAAGGUUGAUUAUGUACCUUGUGCGUAUAUAAUAGCAGUAGAUGAAGAAGACAAUAUUUAUUAUGAGUGUGAUUCGAAAUAUGUUAAAGUUUUGUUGAAAGAUUUCCAAGAGCCUAUUGAAUUUGUUGGUAUCGCUAAGAAUACAGCAAGAGCUAUUACAGUGGAUAGUAAUAAUAGAGUUAUUUUAGCAACCAACGAUGGUCUAUAUCAAUUGAGACCUGAUAGUGUGAUACCUAAGAAGUUGAUGCAACUAGACUUUAUACCAGCUGGUAUUGCUUUUAAUGAGGAUGAUUUGUAUAUAUCUACAAAUAGUAUAAUAUACAAGUAUAGUCAGACAGAAUGUGAAUGAAGUGCUAAUAUAAUUUAUUGAUAAACCAAAUAAAGAUUACUUUGGCUCGCUUUCAGUUA